AUGAUCCCCCCAGAGCAACUAGAAUACUACAUGACCGAAUGGGUUGCAGCAUCUCUAGAGGCCAUCAUAGCAUAUAGACUAUUUCCUUGUCUUGGAUCUCAAUCUCCAAGGCGAGUUAAUGUGAUCACCCCAACGCACAUCCCCGAUGAACAUUCUGUCCCCGGCGUGCCCGUCGAGGGACGCUCUGGUCUGUUGCUGUGGGAUGCGACUCCUGAUGAUAUCGGAUACAAUGAGGACGCUUCAUGUUGGCCGCACAGCGGCAAAACUCGCAGUGCUUUCCAGUUUUCUAGGGGGUUUACGCCUGAGUCUGUUCGGCAUUUCGGGAUCGAAAUUCCACAGGUCGAAACCCUGCGUGCUGCUCUCCUAUCCGAGCCAAAGUUUGGUAUGCGCUUCCCCUGGCAGCUGCGAAUUGUAAUUGUGCUGCACCUUCAAUCGCCUCACGUUUCGGGUUCGAGACCCGCAGGCGGCAGCGCCGCCUCUGCAGUGAACUCUUCUCUUGGACGGUGCACUGAGACUGAAGAAAGUGAAAUGCAUAUGAACUGCUCACGCAAGGACUGUGGAAACCAGAAUUUGCACGGCCACUCCAGAGACACCGCUUCUGUUUGCGGCGCCAAAGAGGCUGCAGAGCUCCAGGCCAUGGAUCCAUCUUUGAUAUUUGGAUUUCGAGCAGCUGGUGGUCAAACGCGCUACCUGCUGGAGCAGUGGGUCCUUUCCUUCCAGCCUCUUGCCAUGGCUGAUCAGCAGAUCAAGUUUGAGCACCGAACGUUGUGCACUGGGCUGAAGGGUCUUUUGGCUGCAAUUCAUUUCCUGCCGUCGCACUCGGCGCUCCUCGCCUUGGCGAAUGCAGAAAAGCCGUGCCGCGGCCAAAGCGAACGGACAGUCAGUUCGCUAAAACAGAGGGCUUUUCUGGAGUCUCACAUUUUUGCUCGAUGGAAAGCACACCACCCUAGAGCUCGUCAUGAGCGCGCUGCUGCAUCCUCCUGGAAGCCCCUGGCUUCUUACAAGUCAGAUCUCGAAGAUAGCUUGGCCUGCAUGCGAUUCGAGACACUGGCGAGGCUCGCCGAAAAUGCGACAGAGAGCUCCCCUGCAACGCGCUGUCGCGUCCAGACAAGCCCCAGGGGGUCUGUCAGACCUCAGCCCUCUGCUGUCUCGAGGCAAGAGCUCAAGCAGGCUGCCUUCUUCCAGGAAAGCAGCACUGUUUCCCGUCAGCCUUCCUUGUACGAGACAGGGUCUGGCGGACUAGGCGCAGCUUCAGGAGACGCUUUCUUGGACCAACUCUCACUGAAAAGUGCAGUGCCUCCUAAAACGCUUCCUAAGUCGUUAGGUGCCCCCGAGGCGGAAAGCGGGGGUGGUCCUUCCCUUCCUGACCCUAGCUGUUGGUCUUCGGCUUGGGGGUUCUGCAGCCUGGCUAGCGUGUCGCAUCUUGACAGCUUGGAGACGCGCACCGUGUGCAUUGUUGGUACUGGCGUAGGAAGCGUCGAGUGUACAGUGACCUACAAUGAAGAGUUGGCUCAGAGCAUCGUUGCCGCCGGAGAACUGGAAGCCAUUGACGGCAGCUUGGCAGAUUUCCAUCCAGUCGCGCCUUCGUGCAUGCAAAGCAGUCCUCGAGAGGGCCCUCAAGAGGAAAGCAGUGCGCUUUCUGACUCAGAUCCUUGGUUGGAAAUGGAAGACCUAGCCGCUUUUGCGGGCUCCAGUUUGGCAUCGAGGAGCCUGCGGCAGGAGAAGUCGCAGGCCGAACAGGUGGGAGCAGACUUGGAGUUGAAUGCCUCUGCAAAACGCGCCAGAGUCGCUCAGGGGCGUGUUGCUUCCAACUACGUUUCCGGCAGCCCAGAAAGGAGGACAAAUGUUUGGCAUUCCUUCAUGAGAGGGCCCUCGAGGGGGCACGCUUGCCGUUUCGCGUCCACCCGGGUUGGCGAGACUGGCCAGGGGUACCCGUUAGAGCGCAAAUGCCUUCGAACAUUUUUGCAGCUGCCUCGUGACGCCUUUGAUGGCGCCUUUAUUGCUGCUGCUGCUGCUGCAAGCGGGCAGGGAGCUAAGGAAGAGAGAAAUGCAUCUUCUUUUAUGCAGGUUUCCUCUCCGCCUUCCCAGGCGUUCCAGACGGAUACGACAUCUCUGAGGGCACCUCCGGAGGAGGUGUCUAUACAGCUGGGUGGUGAUGAAGGGGAGCUGUUGCCUGAACGGGAGGAGGAGCUCAUGAACGCCCUGAAACUCGAAGAAGACAUACUUCUAGAUGACACCGAGUUUGGUUGCAUGUGGCUAAACAGUGCCAGCAACUUUUGCCUGCAACAGCGCCGACGGCCCUCCCCCAACGCAACUGUCACUUCAUCACCCUGCUCGCCGCAUCUGCGCAGCAACACGUAUUCAGCAGCAGCAGCACCGAAGGAGGCAGACGCGCGGCGGCAAAGGGGUUUCUGGGACGCUUCUGCUUUUCAGAACCACCUCGAUGUGGCACUGGCUUCCAAGGAGUCAGCUUCCAUCCUUGAAGACGUGAAGCACCUCACGCGUGUGCUUUUGGCGCUUGAAAGAGCUGCAUGCGAAAUGCUGCGGACUGCCGAUGCAAGUGUUUCCGCGCCUCGCAUUCACGCGGGAGAUACAGGCGAGGAUGUCUCUUUUCUCCUGGCACAGCUAGAGGCCAUAGACACAGACCUAAAGCCCAGCGUUGCGGCUGCGGUCCUCUGCCCUUGGUCUUCAUUUGAGUCAGAGUGCACACCACACGCAAGGCAUGCGCUAUGGCAGAAGCUGAGUCGCUGCGCUGCGCUCGUAGGGGCGCAGAGGGAAGAGGCGAAGGCACUGAAAGAACUCACACUACAUGAGUUCUCGCUAGCGGGAAUUUCGGGAGACGCGAAUGCGACUGAUGAAGGAGGCGCCUCCUCCUUACUGCCGCAAGAAGGCGCGCACACAAAACGCAUUCGCAGAUUGCAGAGCGAAUUCGAGAUGCGCGCGCGUGCUUUCGAGCAGCAGCCCACCACAAAGCAGUGCCAGAGGGCAGCCAAAGAAAUGCCUGAGAAGGAGCCCACGACCCUGCGAAAGCCGCUAAGGCACUGCCACUUAGUAGGUGAGAAGAACAGAGUUUCACUGGCGAGACGAGAUGCGCAUUUCGGGCUCUUGCCGUUCAUCGUUUUGCCGCUGUCAUAG